AUAGAACUUUGGGUAAUUCUUUCCUGUCGUCUUUUUGGAAACGACAAGGAGUUGUGGUCCUCAAUCUUUGCCGAAAUAAGACACUAGGCCCUAACUGGUUAAAAAUACCGGCCCAUAUAUUGGGCUGACCCAGCUCCCCGACAGCAAAACCGCAAAGCCCUUUUUCUCCUUCUUCUUCUUCCUCCUCCUUCGCUAACACUGGUUAGAGCUUCUUCUUUCAACAGUGAACUGAAAUAUUGAAAUAAACGCGUAUUACAUUUCAGUCAAUAAUAAGAUAACAAUAAACAAAUACAAAAAAUGUCCCUUUCUUCCUAUCGUGCUCGCUUAGCGCUCCUUGCUCUUCUCUCCGCUUCCACUUUCUACUGUUUCUACAAAUCACGCCGUCUCAAACAACUUAAAACCUCCUUUAUCCCUACCGCCGUUACUUCUUCUAAUAGAGGUAAGCUCUUCUUUAUCUCACAAACAGGAACCUCAAAAGCCCUAGCGCAACGCCUCCACAUUCUAUUUAAACUAAACGAUCUCUCAUUGGACUUGAUCGAUGCUAAAGACUAUGAACCUGAAGACCUUUGUAAAGAAAAUUUGGUAAUAAUCGUUGCUUCUACUUGGGAAGAUGGAAAACCGCCUUCAAACGCUGAUUUCUUUGCGAAUUGGCUUGCGGAGAGUGCUGAUGAUUUUCGAGUUGGUUCUUUGCUGCUUUCUAAUUGUAAAUUCGCUGUUUUUGGAGUUGGAAGUAGAGCUUAUGGCGACAGUUUUAAUGCUGCUGCUAAAGAUUUUUCUAAAAGAUUGAGGGAGUUAGGUGCUAAUGAGAUUGUAGCGAUCGGGGAAGGCGACGUGGAUAGUGGUGAAAUAGAUGCCGCUUUUGAAGAAUGGAGUGGGAAAGUGGUUGGGGUUUUGAAAGGAGGUAGCUUGGAGAACGGGUUUAUUGGUUGUGAGAGUGAGAAUGAUAAUGUUGUUGUUGACGAUGAUGAUUUUCAAAGUAGCGAUGAGGAGAAUGGUGAAUUGGAGUCGGGAAUUGUUGAUCUUGAGGAUAUCGCAGGUAAAGGACCUUCGAGGAGGAGGUUUAAUGCGGUCACUGAAACUAAUAGUAAACCAAAUGGUCAGAAAGAAAUGGUCACUCCAGUUAUCAGGGCCAGCUUGGAAAAGCAGGGAUACAAGAUUAUUGGUUCACAUAGUGGUGUCAAAAUUUGUAGAUGGACCAAAUCACAACUUAGAGGCAGAGGAGGUUGUUACAAGCACUCAUUUUAUGGAAUAGAAAGUCAUAGAUGCAUGGAGGCAACUCCUAGUUUGGCUUGUGCAAAUAAAUGUGUUUUCUGUUGGAGGCAUCAUACAAAUCCAGUUGGAAAGAACUGGCAAUGGAAGAUGGAUGAUCCUCUAGAAAUUGUGAAUUCUGCCAUAGAUCAGCAUACAAAGAUGAUUAAACAAAUGAAAGGGGUUCCUGGUGUUACAAUGGAACGCUUGAAUGAAGGGCUGUCUCCCAGGCAUUGUGCUCUAUCACUUGUCGGUGAACCUAUCAUGUACCCAGAGAUUAAUACACUUGUGAAUGAGUUGCACCAAAGGCGGAUAUCAACUUUUCUAGUGACAAAUGCUCAGUUCCCUGAAAAGAUCAAAAUGCUAAAGCCUGUUACCCAGUUAUAUGUCAGUGUUGAUGCUGCAACAAAGGAGAGCUUGAAGGCAAUUGACAGACCACUAUUUGGUGAUUUUUGGGAGCGAUUUAUUGAUUCCUUGAAAGCUCUCAGGGAGAAACAGCAGCGUACUGUGUACCGCUUGACACUGGUGAAAGGAUGGAAUACAGAGGAUGUUGAUGCUUAUUUUAACCUCUUUAGCAUCGGACAGCCUGAUUUUAUCGAAAUUAAAGGCGUUACAUAUUGUGGAUCGUCUGCUACAUCAAAGUUGACAAUGGAGAAUGUGCCCUGGCAUUCCGACGUGAAAGCUUUCUCAGAGGCCUUAGCUCUUAAAAGCAAAGGGGAAUAUGAGGUAGCUUGUGAGCAUGUCCACUCUUGUUGUGUGCUCUUGGCCAAAACUGAGAAGUUCAAGGUCAAUGGUCAAUGGUUCACAUGGAUAGACUAUGAGAAGUUCCAUAAUCUGGUUGCUUCUGGAAAACCUUUCAAUAGCAAGGAUUACAUGGCUCCCACACCUUCCUGGGCUGUUUAUGGAGCAACAGAAGGUGGUUUUGAUCCAGAUCAGUCUCGCUAUAGGAAGGAGAGACAUCAUAAAUCAAGCCAUUGACCAACCAGUCGGUCAGAAUAUACAAAGGCUCCCAGAAAAUGAUGAUGAAAUGAAGAAAAAUAUAAAUGGGACAGAACAUACACGAAUUCCAGAAGUAAAAAUAAUUCGGUCUGCGACAGCGACAGCGACACUCUCAAGUCUUAGCAGAAGCGUGAGGCUACGGACCUCUGAAGUAUCGUAUCAGAGUCUCUUCUUUGCAACCGCUUCAUUCACAGACUGCCUAAAGAGUCCUUCGUAGGAAGACGGUUCCUUGAAAUAUGCAUUAUAACGUUGGUCAAUUGUAGGUCAAGCUGACGCGUUAAACACGUCAAAUUACAGUUUUCGAAUCUUUCUUUCGCUGCUACUUAUUUAGAAUCUCAAAUUUGACAUGUUAGUGAGUUAAGACUAACACAAGAGACAAAUCUAAGUUGAAGAUCUUAUCAUUA